AUGGCAGCCUCACGGCCAGACAACGAUCUUCUCCUGCAGGACUUCAAGAGCCACAAGUCAUAUACACCCUGUCAUGGAAGGAGUGGUAAGGUGGACCAGCUGCACUGUGGUGAUCAGGCUCGAACUGGCCAUCUGCCACAUCAGUCCCAACGCCGCGUCACAUUUCACCUCCCGGAUGGUUCCCAAGAAAGUUGCAGUGACAGCGGAUUAGGAGAUCAAGAACCUAGCGGUCCUACAAACGCUUCCCAUCCUCUCCCCCUUGGCUUUGCGCAAGAAGAAUACUAUGAACAAUCUUCAGCAAACAGCAGGACGGAAGGUGAUGGGAACUCUGAUCCAGAAUCUACUAUUGAAGUCAAUCUCCAGAAAGCCCUGGCCGAAGCCUCGGAGACCUGCACUCAGGAAUGCCUCAUCCUCGGCCAUUCUGACAACUGCUGGAUGCCACCGUCCUUGACACAAUACCAACAGGCCAACCCGCCUUUGCCUUCGUUUGGAUUUCAGCAAGGAUGGGGAAGAGGAACUAGACCAGAUGGAGUGCACACUCUUGGAAGACCGGUCCCCAAGGAUGAUAUUGACAAAGGGUUGUCUCGAUCCCAGUUUUACAAUACAUGCGAAAGACUUUGUAAUGUCGAAGAUCCAGUGAAAGUCAUUCCCUUGGCAAACUUCACCCCAUGCCAACAAGCCCCGGGAUCAGGGAGCAAUUCAAUCUUCGUACAUGAGCACCAGCUGUAAAGCAUAUUAUCUACUAUAGCAGCUAUUUCCAUGUGUGUGUCAGAUGUAUAUAGUCACUGCUUAACACUCCAUCAUAAAACAUAUGUAAAAAGAAAAAAAAAAGUCGGGGGUGUGCAUAUCCAUAUAAUGCUAUAGUCCACAAUUCUAUAAGGGCUUUAGUGUUAUAUCCUUCAAUUGCUUCAUGUAAAUUGACGAUGUAUAUGGUAGAAAUAUGGUCAUUUUUUAUGGUUCAGAUAGACCUGCUUUUCAACGCUAAUUACCCAGCAAAGCGCAAAGACUAUUGAUUCUCUUCGUUGUAUCGAUGCAAAUUAGUAGAACACAGGGCACCAUUAUGAUCCACGUCUUGCUUAGUUUGUAUUUUGUAUAUAGUACAUUUAACGAUGUUUAUUUAGCAGACACAAUGAGAUGAACUAACUCAACUCACAUUAUACCGACAUAGAGCGUCGACAUUAGGCUUCUAGUUCUCGUAGAAGAUCUCAGAGUUUUUAUAAAUGGAAAUACAUCUUUCACAAGAGGUUUCUUUAUUUUUCUUUUUUUUUUUUUUAUUCAG